CAUGACCGCCUGCGCGAACAAGAAACGCGGGAUAGGUCUAAGCAGCGGUGCAGUGAAGCGCAGUCGGCCCAUCCACAUACUUUACAAUGUCGGUCGAGUGACGCGGUCGCAGCGGCAGCAGCUACUUUCAUAAUUACGUAAGCAGUUCAGCGGUUGUGUCGUUCCGUAAUAACACAUAACGUUAAGGUUGAAUUGUGCCUUUUCUGUCAUCAUGGACUCAACGACCACAAAAGAAGCAGAAAAGCACUGCGUUCUGUGCUGUCAAGAAGUCGAUAUCUUCGCCCUAGGAAAGUGUGAUCACCCGGUUUGCUUCCGCUGCUCUACCAAGAUGAGGGUGCUGUGCGAGCAGAAGUACUGCGCCGUCUGCCGGGAGGAGCUCGACAAGGUGGUUUUCGUGAAAAAACUGGCGACAUUCUCAUCUCUGCCCUACCAGCAGUUUCCCUCUGAGAAGAAACAUGACAUCUAUUUUGGUGAUGAGAAGAUCUAUGCUCAGUACAGGCAUCUGCUGCUAUCUGAGUGCGUCCAUUGUCCAGAGUCUAAGGUUUUCUCCAGGUUUGAGGAGCUAGAGCAGCACAUGAGGAAGCAGCACCAGCUCUUCACUUGUAAGCUUUGCACAAAGCAUCUGAAGAUCUUCUCUUAUGAGCGUAAGUGGUACAACCGUAAGGAGCUAGCACGACACAGAGCACAUGGAGACCCGGAUGACACUAGUCACAGAGGCCACCCUCUCUGCAAGUUCUGUGAUGAUCGCUACCUUGAUAAUGAUGAGCUGCUGAAACAUUUGCGAAGGGACCAUUAUUUCUGCCAUUUCUGUGAUGCAGAUGGUUCUCAGGAAUACUACAGUGAUUACAAGUACUUGAGUGAGCACUUCAGAGAAAGUCACUAUCUGUGCGAGGAAGGCCGAUGUGCCACAGAACAGUUCACCCAUGCAUUUCGCUCUGAGAUUGACUACAAGGCCCACAAAGCUGCAGCACACAGCAAGAACCGGGCAGAGGCUCGACAGAACCGCCACAUUGACCUGCAGUUUAAUUACACCCCAAGACAACAGAGGAGAAACGAAGGUCUGACAGGUGAGGACUAUGAGGAGGUCCGUCAUAAUCGAGGUGGAAGAGAACGUCCACAUGGAGGGCAGAAGAGUUGGAGGUACUCACGAGAGGACGAGGACAGGCAGAUGGAAGCUGCUAUUAGGGCGUCUAUCGCACAACGUAGACAAGAGGAGAGAGGAGCGGUGCAGCAGAGGAGCACUCCCAAAUACUUUAGAGAGGAGAAGACGGAGAGAAUAGAACCAGAGGAACCCACACACAGAACCGGACACAUCAAACCAACAAGCAAACCUCCAGUAAGAACUAUGAAGAGCACCAGUCCAGAAGAUGACUUCCCAGUUUUAGGUGCUACAGCUGCUGCUGCUGCUUCAAUUGUAAAGCCAGCUCCUGUGGCAGUUGUAGCGUCCCAACAACCUCCAAAGGAAGAUGAUUUUCCCAGUCUGUCAGCUGUAGCUGCGGUACCCCUCAUGACCCCGGUGUACUCUGGUCAAUCUAGGAAGGCUUCAUCUUUCUUGGAAGAGGACUUCCCUGCUCUUGUGUCUAAGAUCAGACCCCACAAACCUGCAGGAGGCACCAAGUCUGCUUGGUCCAACAGCACCGCAGUAUCUAAACCCAUCACUAACCCUCCUCCAUCCAGACCCACCCCUCCACUUUCCUCUGUAGCCUCUGCCCCUCAGCUCCUCUGCUCUUCAACGUCGUCCACUUCACGGAGGAAAAAGAAGGUAGGAGAGAACGUGAAGGCUGCAUUUACCAGAACGCCUUCUUCCUCGGAUGACGAGAGUGGAGGCUUGACGCAGCAGGAGUUCCGCUCCGUUCCCACUAUGCUGGAUAUCUCUUCUCUGCUCACGGUUAAAGGAGGCAACAGCAAACCUUCUCCUGUGACCUCCAGCUCCCCAAACCCAGCUCCAAGCACUAGUCUCCCUGCUGCCAAAGGCAACAAGAAGAAAAAACCACAAAAGACAACAGCUGCUCCCUCCACGUCUGUCUCCUCCCUGUCUGGGAUGGCGACACCUGUAAAUACCAUUCCAGUAGAAACGGUGGCACAAAAGGAGAAUGUCCCAGAAAAAAAUGUAAACAAGCCUCUGUCCAGUGUUGUGACGGCGCCACUGUCCAGUGGAUUGGCUAAUGGCCAACCUGACAAAUCACCACCCAUUAACAAGAAGACUGAUACAGGAACCAUUCAUUCCAACACAGACCCACCUCUUCAAAAGGAGGAAGAGUUUCCUGCUCUCAUAACCAAGAAACCACCACCAGGCUUCAAGUCCUCUUUCCCGAUGAAGGCCUCAGCUCCUCCUUCCUCCACCACAGUGACACCACCUCCACCCGGUCUGGGGGUCUCUGGCACCAGGCCGCCCCCAGGCUUCACUGGUAUCCCGCUCAACAGCAAUGUGGUGGAACCUGGUGAUUCUGCAGUCAACCUCCCCCCCAAGGUGUCCAACUGUGGUUACCUGGUGCCAGAGGAUUUCAACCAGAGGAACCUGGAGCUGAUCCAGUCUAUUAAAAAGUACCUGAAUAACGAUGAGUCCAAGUUCAACCAGUUCAAAAACUACUCUGCACAAUUCAGACAGGGUGUGAUAUCAGCAGCACAGUAUCACCACAGCUGUAAGGACCUGCUCGGAGACAAUUUCAACAGGAUCUUCAACGAACUGCUUGUCCUCUUACCGGACACUGGCAAGCAGCAGGAGCUGCUGACGGCCCACGGAGACUGUAAGGCCCUGGAGAAACAGUCUGGCGCUGGGGUAGGAAAGAAGAACAAGAACAAGAAGAACGUCUGGCAGACGCCCACCACGGUGUCCCAUGUAGCGGCUGAGCUGGACUGCCAGGUAUGCCCCACGUGUAGACAGGUUGUGGCCCACAAAGACUUCAACUCCCACAAGACACUGCACCUGAGGGAAACGGAGGAGUUCCCCUCUUUGCAGUCUAUUAGCCGUAUCAUCAGCUAGCCCCCUGGUUCCCCCUUGUUCUGUUCAUAUGUGCCUGCAGCACCUGGUUUUCCCUGGCUGCAGAGGUUGUUGGGCCCUGUUUUGUGACUGAAGGUAAAUUUGAGAAGUGCUGAUUUGGUUACUCUGAUGAGGACCGUGUUGGUUGGUUCCUGAGUGGAUUUUUCCCAACUCACAUAUUUUAAGGACAACUCCAGUCGGCACUGGUGACGGCUAACAGCGAUCAGUGAAUCUAAUGUAAGAGGUUCAACACGAGUUGAUUCUUUACUUGAAAAAAUGCUUUUCUCCCUAAGAAAGUUUAUAAAGACUUACAUUUUGUAUAUUUGCUUUGUACCUUGACUUGAAAUGUCAGCGUAAGCGAUGAUGAAAUGUCUGAUUGUCCAGUGGGCUGCUUGGUGAAAAAACAAAAUAAACACAAUGUCCAGUUCAA